AUGUCGAACUACACAAAAUUGGAUUUCGCGGUACUAGACAUUUCUGGAAUGAAUUAUUUGUCAUGGAUACUUGAUGUGGAAAUCCAUCUCGAUGCUAUGGAACUUGGAAACACAAUUACCGAUGGUAAUGACGCAUCCUCGAAGGAUCGUGCUAAAGCCAUGAUCUUCAUUCGGCACCAUCUCCAUGAGAACCUGAAGUCUGAAUACCUUACAGUAAAAGACCCAUUAAAUUUGUGGAAUAAUCUGAAGGAAAUGUAUGGGCACCAGAAGGCUGUAAUCCUACCAAAUGUUCGUUAUCGCUGGUUGAAUCUAAGGCUGCAAGAUUAUAAAUCUGUUAGUGAGUAUAACUCUACUAUGUUCAAGAUAGUUUCAAUUCUAAAAUUAUGUGGAGAACAGAUUACUGAAAAAGAUAUGUUGGAAAAGACUUUUUCCACUUUUCACGCCAACAAUUUGCUCCUGCAGCAGCAAUACAGAGAGCGUGGGUUUGAGAAAUACUCAGAUUUAAUCUCUUGCCUUCUGGUCGCUGAACAAAAUAAUGAACUAUUACUGAGAAAUCACGAGUCUCGUCCAACUGGUGCUCUACCAUUCCCUGAAGCGAAUAGAGUCUCUUUUCUGAGUAAUGGACAAGGUUGUGGUCGUGGACAGAGACAUGGUCGGGGUAGCCAUAACCACCAAGUUCGUGGAGGAUAUAUUCAAAAGUCAGGCAAGAAAACGGAGUAUCCCCAGAAGUGCGGUGGGAAGGGUCAUUGGUCGCGUACCUGUCGUACGCUGAAGUAUUUGAUUGAGCUUUAUCAAGCAUCGCUCAAGGAAAAAGGAAAAGAAAUUGAAACAAACUUUACCGAUCAAAUUAGUCAGAACCAAGCUGUUGACCCUUUUGAACCCAUUGACAUUCCGUCUUUCGAUAUUUCUGAGUACCUUGCAGGACCAAGUGGAACCAAAGAUGAUUUCUUUGGUGAUGGAGGUGACUAUUCUGAAUGGUCACAAGAAUAA